AUGAAACUUUAGUAAGUGAAACUCAGUAUAACUUUAUUUCACAGUACAAUGGGUAUUUCAAUUGCAGGGCGACGACGUUCUUCAACUGUAACUAUAUUUUUCAUAUCUCUCAAAGCCCCGCUUCUAAACAUGAGCUCAUUGCUCGCCGAUGUCAGCGGCCGGGAACUUGCUUGCGAUAUACAGGGCCUGGAUAGUCGCCGUGAACAAUAUGCACAUCAACAUGCAAACACACUUACUUGGGUCAUAAUCCACAUUGCAGAGAUAAUACGAACUUUACUCCGCGAACUGCACCAUGGGAAAUAUUUUGACCUUAUAAGGAAAGGUUUUCGCGUCUCUUCUUUUGAAGAGGGAACAACGAUCUGCUCAAUUGCCUUUAAAGUGCCAUGAAUAAAUG